GGAAGGGACUCUGGAGAGGGGACAGAAGGGUCUGGAGCCAGGGAGAGCCCCAAGAUGAGGAGAUCCCAGAGGUGAGGAGAUCCCAGAGCUGAGGAGACUCAAAGCCAGGAUGGGGUCAUCAAUGAGCCGCACUGUGGAGAUCCGGAUCACCAACAGGACCCAGAACAUCACCUUGAGGAACCCCAGGACCUAUGAAUCUGGCUUCUGCACCAGAUCUCCCCAGUCAGAGUUGCGUCCCAGUUCCACUGACACCUCCCGCUUUGUGAACUCUGGCCGUUUCUGUGGCAUCGCUGGGAUCCUGGUCUACGAGGCCGAGUCCUUCACCUUGGCCAUCUACUUCUCCAACCCCUUCGACUACAACAUGUACUCCAUAGAGCUGGGCCUGGAGCUGUCCCUGAGCAAGGCCCACGUGGGCAGUCUGGCCGAAAUCUACGCCCGCAUGUCCAAGGGCACCUACUCCAGCUCCUUUGUGGACGCCGAGUUCAACCGUGUCAUCGUGGAAGAGAACCAAGGGAUUGCCUGGUUGAACAAGGGCCCGAUUAAGGUGAUGGCCACCAUGUCCAACACAAGAAACUCCACCCUCAAAGUGAUGCUGGAGGAUCAGGGGGGACUUAAUGAGGAAGCCAAUAUGGAGACCCACAGAAACGCUGCCAGGAGAAGUGAGAACCUGCAGAACCUCCUGUGGGACCUCCUGGUCAGCCCUGGAACCCUGAAAACCCUGAAACACCCCUAGAAACCUUUAGAUAUAACUGGAAUCCCAUAGGCACCUCUAGAAUCUUGUAGGCACGUCUAGAACCCCAUAGAGACUCCUAGACCCUAUAGACACUUCUAGAACCCGUAGGCAUGUCGAAAACCUUAUAGAGACCCAGAGAACCCCCUAGGCACUUCUAGAACC